AAACUCUGCUGUAACUAUCAAACAGGUGGCAGGUGGAACGGUGGCGUUUGUUGCCAUUUUCAGCUAAGUGGUUCCUUUCAUGGUUAUCUUAUAGGGGAAAGGAUAAAUUAGCCCUUUUUGAUUAAGAACUUUUACAUUUAUGAAAAACAUGGCAUUGAGAUUUUCUUGAACACAUUUGUUAUGACAUUUCGAACUUUAACCAAGCACUUGCACAAAGAUUCCAAUACGUUGGCGCACAUUAUUCAAACCUACACCCAAUCCAAGCAGCUAUGUAAAGGAAAGCUGCUUCAUGCGCAGCUCAUCACCUCUGCUUACCCAUCAUGCACCUAUCUUACCAAUCACCUUUUGUCAAUGUAUGGGAGAUGUGGCCAAAUCGGGUACGCCUACAAGCUGUUCGAUGCAAUGCCUCAAAGAAAUUUGGUUUCUUGGACUGCUAUGAUAUCUGGGUUUUCCCAGAAUUUGGAGUUUUUGAAAGCGAUUACCACAUUUUGUAGGAUGUGGAUUUGGGGUGAAAGUCCAAACGAAUUUGCGUUUUCCAGUGUGAUUCAAGCUUGCUCGUCUCUCAAAUCUGUUCAAAUUGGGAAGCAAAUCCAUUGCCUUGCUCUUAAAACUGGGUUUAGUUAUGAGUUGUUUGUGGGUAGUAACUUAGCGGACAUGUAUUCCAAGUGUGGCUUGAUGAUUGAGGCUUGUAUGGUUUUUGAGGAGAUGCCAUCCAAGGAUGAAGUUUCAUGGAAUUCAAUGAUUGAUGGGUACGCAAAAAAUGGUUAUAAUGAAGAAGCAUUGGUGGCUUUUAGAAAGAUGCAGAUUGAAGAUGUAAAAAUUGAUCAACAUCUUCUUUGCAGUGCACUUUGUGCUUGUGGAGCUUAUAAAGCAUAUAAUGUUGGAAGAUGUCUUCAUUCAUUUGUCAUAAAGUUGGGGUUUAACCUCCAUGUUUCUGUUGGCAAUGCACUUACAGAUAUGUACUGUAAACUAGGAGAUAUGGAUAGUGGUUCAAGAUUUCUUGAAAUCGACUCUAGAGAUACAAAUAUUGUUUCUUAUACUUCUUUGAUUGAUGGGUAUGUUGAAACAGAACAAAUCGAGAGGGCGUUGACUAUUUUUGUCGAGUUAAAGCGCCAAGGAAUUGAACCUAAUGAGUUUACUUUUUCUAGCUUAAUUAAGGCUUGUGCUAAUCAUGCUGCACUUGAACAAGGAUCUCAGCUUCAUGCCCUGGUGUUCAAGUACAACCUUGAUCAAGACCCUUUCGUUUCAUCUAUCAUUGUUGAUAUGUACGGAAAAUGUGGUUUGCUUGAUGAUUCAAGCCAAGCAUUCGAGAAGAUUUCUAAAGCAAGCGAGUAUGCAUGGAAUUCACUAGUGGGUGUGUUUGCUCAUCAUGGUUUAGGAAAAGAAGCGAUAGAUGUAUUCGAUAGGAUGGUAGUUCAUAAUGUUAAACCCAAUGCAGUAACAUUCGUCAAUCUUUUGAAUGCCUGCAGCCAUUCAAAAUUGGUUAACGAAGGACUAAACUAUUUCAACUCCAUGGAAAGGAUUUACGGCGUUAAACCAAGGUCAGAACAUUACUCAUGUGUUAUCGACUUGCUGGGCCGAGCAGGGAGGCUUGAAGAAGCUGAAAUCUUUAUAGAAAAGAUGCCAUUUGAGCCGAAUGCUUACGCUUGGUGUUCUCUUCUUGCAGCUUGUAGAAUAUAUGGCGAUAAAGAAAGGGGAGAGCUUGCAGCCGAAAGUCUAAAGAGGGUUGAGCCUGAAAAUAGCGGAGCUCAUGUCUUGCUUUCGAAUAUAUACGCAAAAGAACGCCAAUGGGAGGAUGUUAGAAGUGUUAGAAAGAUGAUGAAGGAUGGAAAUGUAAAGAAACUGCCUGGUUUUAGUUGGGUUGAUGUUGAUAACAAGGUUCAUAUUUUUGGAGCUGAAGAUUGGUGUCAUCCAGAUAAGAAAGAAAUUGAUUUGAAACUUGAUAGUCUUUUGGGGAAGAUAAUGGAAGCUGGAUAUGUUCCCGAUACCGGGUCCAUUUCAGUUGAUAUGGAAGAUGCCAUGAAGGCGAAGGUUCUUCAUCGGCAUAGCGAGAGGAUGGCUAUAGCGUUUGCGCUUAUUCGUAUGCCGAUUGGGAAACCGAUUAUUGUGAAGAAAAAUAUAAGGGUUUGUGUUGAUUGCCAUUCUGCAAUCAAGUUGAUCUCCAAAGUUGAGGGAAGAAAGAUUAUAGUGAGAGAUAACAGCAGGUUUCAUCACUUUGUAGAUGGAUCAUGUUCUUGCAAGGACUUCUGGUAAGCGUUAACUGGGUAAACGUUUACCAAGUCAUAUUACCUUAU